UUGUCACCCAACGGAGCUAGAUUUGUCUUCCAACCUCGAUUUACGAAAACCACGAAUCUGAUUGUCCAGGCUUUAGGAGAAUAAUGAGCAAUUGGACCUUCCAUCGGUCAUCAUCGGUAACACCACAACGGUCCGGCGGGCCAUGCACUCUUCCAGCUCUAUCCGCGCCUUGCGCGUCCUUCGCCUACCACGAACUCCUCUACCCACGUCCACAUCAUAUAUCCGUCCGCUUGGCAAGAUCCAGCCGCAAGCAGCCCGCACAGUAUUUGUCCAGUCAUUACCGGCUCAACGGAGUUUCCAUUCUUCUCCUGUCUGGCGACGAAGGAAGCAAGAAACUCCCUCGGAGUCGGAUGUGAGAGGCCCCGCCGACAUCGCAGAGCUCGACGUCCUCGGCGCGACGCCUGUCCCCUCGACCAACAUUGAAGCUACCGUACCUGGAGGUUUCCUAUUAAACAGCGGGUUGUCGAUUCUCGGCGGUGACGGCGCCUUACUCGUGGGCGGCGAGGCUUUCGCAUGGCGGCCAUGGCUUGCCAAAGCGGACUCGGACGCAUCCGAUAAGAGCAAGAGGUUACGCUUAUACAACGAGCGCGGGCAGUUGGAUAUUCCUCCAGAGGCGUUUUCGGUUCUGGGACUGAUGUGGCCGAAACCUGAUCUACUAGUGGUUGGUACGGGUCCUACGAUUCGCCCUCUGAGUCCGGAGACGAGACGGCAUAUUGGCGAGCUUGGGCUACGGGUGGAAAUCUUGGACACGCGGAAUGCGGCGGCGCAGUUUAACCUACUGGCUACGGAAAGAGGUGUUGGGGAUGUAGCCGCAGCAUUGAUACCUGUCGGGUGGGUGGAAGGGAAGGGAGCUGUCGAGGAGUGACAGCUCUGCGUAUGAUCAAGCUAUUUGUUCGAUGAUGACUGCAAUUUUCGCGGCAAGCAUAUCCGUGCUACAGUAAUCAACGACUGUCCGAAGUACGAAAAUAUGGUAAUAGCAUACC